UGAGGCUCCCGAGGUGCCGGGGAGCGGCGGUGGCAGCCGGCAGGGCGAGGCCGGGCGGAAAGCGAGCGGGAGAAGGGAAAGCAGCAGGGCGUGGGCGCCUCCUCCGCGGCCCCCUCCAUGGUUGGCGCCUGCAGGCCGCGGCGGCCUGUCUUGCUCUGCAUCUCCGCUACAUCCUCCUGCGCCGCCGCCGCUUCUGGGGCUGCCCGCCGCGCUGUGUGGAGCCCCCGGGACUGAGUUCCGCGGCGCUGCGGCUGCAGCGGCGGGCGGCGAGGAGGCGAGGAGCCCGCGAGGCGCCCUGAGGCUUGCGGCAGCCAGCCGGCCCGGUUCCACCGGGCUCCUCGCCGCGGCCGCCGGCGCUGGGGGAGAAUGAGCCCCGGGGCCCGCGGGCGCACGGCCCGGGCCAGGCCGGGGAUCUAGACUCCGGCCGGGGAGGGCAGGGCCCGGAGGCUCACGGCCGCUGCUCGCCGGCCGCCCCGAGUUGGGCGGUUUUGUUUUCGCCUUGGCGUUGUGCAGAAUCAAAGCGCACUAAGAUGUCCACUAGGACCCCUCUGCCAACGGUGAAUGAACGAGACACUGAAAACCACACUUCACAUGGAGACGGGAGGCAAGAAGUCACCUCCCGAACCGGGCGCUCUGGAGCUCGGUGUAGAAACUCAAUAGCUUCCUGUGCAGAUGAACAGCCUCACAUCGGAAACUACAGACUGUUGAAGACAAUCGGCAAGGGGAACUUUGCAAAAGUGAAAUUGGCGAGACACAUCCUCACAGGCAGAGAGGUUGCAAUAAAAAUAAUUGACAAAACUCAAUUGAAUCCAACAAGUCUACAAAAGCUCUUCAGAGAAGUAAGAAUAAUGAAGAUUUUAAAUCAUCCAAACAUAGUGAAGUUGUUUGAGGUCAUUGAAACAGAAAAAACACUCUACUUAAUCAUGGAAUAUGCAAGUGGAGGUGAAGUAUUUGACUAUUUGGUUGCACAUGGAAGAAUGAAGGAAAAAGAAGCAAGAGCUAAAUUUAGACAGAUUGUUUCUGCAGUACAGUAUUGCCACCAAAAGCGAAUUGUUCACAGAGACCUCAAGGCUGAGAAUCUUUUAUUAGAUGCGGAUAUGAACAUUAAAAUAGCAGAUUUUGGUUUUAGCAAUGAAUUCACUGUCGGCAGUAAACUAGAUACAUUUUGUGGCAGUCCUCCAUAUGCAGCCCCUGAGCUCUUCCAGGGCAAGAAGUAUGAUGGGCCAGAAGUGGACGUGUGGAGUCUCGGCGUCAUUCUGUACACCUUAGUCAGUGGGUCACUUCCCUUCGACGGUCAGAACCUGAAGGAACUGAGAGAGAGAGUACUACGAGGGAAAUACAGAAUCCCUUUCUACAUGUCCACUGACUGUGAAAACCUUCUCAAACGCUUCCUGGUGCUGAACCCAGUUAAACGUGGCACUCUCGAGCAAAUCAUGAAGGACAGGUGGAUCAAUUCAGGUCAUGAGGAAGAUGAGCUCAAGCCAUUUGUUGAACCAGAACUAGACAUCUCAGACCAGAAGAGAAUAGAUAUUAUGGUGGGAAUGGGAUAUUCCCAAGAAGAAAUUCAAGAAUCUCUUAGUAAAAUGAAAUAUGAUGAAAUCACAGCUACAUACUUGUUAUUGGGGAGAAAGUCUUCAGAGCUGGACGCUAGUGACUCCAGUUCUAGCAGCAACCUUUCACUUGCUAAGGUGCGGCCCAGCAGUGACCUCAGCAACAGCACUGGCCAGUCUCCUCAUCACAAAGUGCAGAGAAGUGUUUCUUCCAGUCAGAAGCAGAGGCGGUACAGUGACCAUGCUGGACCAGCUCUCCCGUCGGUUGUGGCAUAUCCAAAGAGGAGCCAGACCAGCACUGCGGAUAGUGACCUCAAAGAAGAUGGAAUUCCCUCCCGGAAGUCCAGCGGAGCUGCUGCAGGCGGAAAGGGGAUUGCCCCUGCCAGUCCCAUGCUUGGGAAUGCAAGCAAUCCCAAUAAAGCGGAUAUUCCUGAGCGCAAGAAAAGCCCUGCUGUCCCCAGUAGUAAUGCAGCAUCUGGUGGAAUGACACGACGAAACACCUACGUUUGCAGUGAGAGAUCUGCAACGGACAGACAUUCAGUCAUUCAGAAUGGCAAAGAAAACAGCACUAUUCCAGAUCAGAGAACUCCAGUCGCUUCUACCCACAGUAUUAGCAGUGCGACCACUCCAGACCGGAUUCGCUUCCCAAGAGGCACGGCCAGCCGUAGCACUUUCCACGGCCAACCUCGGGAGCGGAGAACCGCAACGUAUAAUGGCCCACCUGCCUCACCCAGCUUGUCCCACGAAGCCACACCACUGUCCCAGACUCGAAGCCGAGGUUCCACUAAUCUUUUUAGUAAAUUAACUUCAAAACUCACAAGGAGAAACAUGUCAUUCAGGUUUAUCAAAAGACUUCCAACUGAAUAUGAGAGGAACGGGAGAUAUGAGGGCUCAAGUCGCAAUGUAUCUUCGGAACAAAAGGAUGAAAACAAAGAGGCAAAACCUCGUUCACUGCGCUUCACCUGGAGCAUGAAAACCACUAGUUCCAUGGACCCCAGUGAUAUGAUGCGGGAGAUCCGCAAAGUGCUGGACGCCAAUAACUGCGACUAUGAGCAGAGGGAGCGCUUCCUGCUCUUCUGUGUCCAUGGUGACGGGCACGCGGAGAACCUGGUGCAGUGGGAAAUGGAAGUCUGUAAGCUGCCAAGACUGUCUCUGAAUGGGGUCCGGUUUAAACGGAUAUCAGGGACAUCCAUAGCUUUCAAAAAUAUUGCUUCCAAAAUUGCCAAUGAGCUAAAGCUGUAACCCAGUAAUUAUGGUGUAAAUUAAGUAGCAAUUUAAGGUGUUUUCCAGAACACUGAUGGAAAUGUAUAGAGUAAUAUUUAGGCAAUAACGUCUGCAUCUUCUAAAUCAUGACGUGAAGUCUGAGGACGGGAGCACGCCUGGGAGCGGAGGCUGGCCUUUUCUACGAAUGCACUACAUUAAAGUCUGUGACCCGUGCCUCUGUCUUGUGUCCAUUGCCCUGGGAGUCAGAGUGUCGCACCAUCUGCACGUGACUCCUGUGUGUGGUGUGAGUGGACGGUGUGUGUGGGAAGCACUGCAUUGCAAACAUCUCCUUACACUGGCAGCCAGCAUUACUAGUACCUUUGUGGGAGAUCAUUUGGUGCUAAAACAUUACAAUUGCCAAGAAGGAAAAUACUGAAUUACUGCUAAGAAUUAACCUUAAAACUAGUUGAUAAUUAAUACAGGUUUACAGUUCAUGCCUGUGGUUUUGUGUUUGUUUUGUGUUUUUUUGGUUUUUGUUUUGUUUUUUAGUGCAAAAGGUUUAAAUUUAUAGUUGUGAACAUUGCUUGUGUGUGUUUUUCUAAGUAGAUUCACAAGAUAAUUAAAAAUUCACUUUUUCUCAGUAAA